GGCCGGGCCGGGGUAACGCUCGGCGGCGAUGGCUCCGGAGCGCGGCGAUCGCUCGCUCUCCGCCGGGACCGAGGGGCUUCCGAGGGCUUUCCUGCAGAGCUUGCGGACGCUUUUCGAUAUCCUGGAUGACCGGCGGCGGGGUUACGUGCACCUCCGGGAGAUCGAGUCGCGCUGGCGGGGUGCAGAAGCCCAGGAGCUGCCCGCCGGGGUGAUGGAGGGGUUGCGGCAGGCGGCACCGGCCAGCGGGUACCUCACCUUCGAGAGGUUCGUCCUGGGUCUGCGGGCGGCCCUGCCCGGGGCUGAGCCCCCGGCUGAGGGCGGCAGCGGCGGGCAGCGGAGCGUGGAGAAGCCGCCGAGCCCUCGCUGUUCCGAGGAGCGACGAGGAAAGAGCACCGGGCAGCGGGAACCGGGGCACAGCCAGCCCCGAGGCCGCGGUGGUGAUGCGAAGUCUGCUGGGCAGUCCCAGGGGGAUGGUGGCCACCCGGGGGCUGGGGACACUCGGAGGCAUCAGAGGGGCCGUGCAGAACACCGGAGACACACCAUCACCAACGGCGUGGACUUCAGCACGCUGAAGUACAUGAAAGAGCUGGAACAGGAGAAGGAUUUCCUGCUGCACGGCCUGGAGCUCAUAGACCAGGCUCGGGACUGGUACCAUCAGCACAUCCAGCUCAUGCAGGAGCAUCAGCGGCUCCUGGGGAAGAAGAAAAGCAGUGCUGAUUUCCCUGAGGGUGGCUGGAGCCACAUGGGGCACCUGAUCCCCAAGCUGCAGGAGGUGAACCGCUGCCUUGGUGAAUUCCUUUCCACCACUGGCAAGCCAGCAAACCCCUCCUCAGCCCUGAGCAGGCUGGUCCCCACAGUGUCCCCAGCCUCCACAGGCUCCCAGCAAGCCAUCAACAUGCUGAAGGAGCAGAAUCGGCUUCUCACCAAGGAGGUGACUGACAAGAGCGAGCGCAUCACCCAGCUGGAGCAGGAGAAAUCUGCCCUUAUCAAGCAGCUCUUUGAGGCUCAUGCCCGCAACAACCAUGAGAUGAGCCAGCUGGACUCCACCUUCAUCUAGUGCCUGCCUCCCCCUCCCUACCAUCGAGCUGCCCCGGGGCUUUCGAGGGACUCUGGCCCCAAACCCAUCACGCGUGUUGCUCCAGGUGUUGUAUCUCAGGGUCUGGGACUGCUGCUGGCAUCUCUGCAGGAGGAAGCUGGGACUCCACCUGGGGAGCAUCCCUGCCCUGCUGCUUUCCAGUUGUGCUGCUCUCAAGCUGCUCCUCUUCUGUCUCUAAAUGGGUGCAGGGACUCUCUCCCCAGCCCCACAGUCCCAGUGUGCAGGAGACGUGGCUGCUGGCCUGUGCAGGGGUAGCUGCUGAGCAUCUCAGGC